UUCGCUUACAACUGAGCCAUUAUACAGGACAUCAACUCCCUCUAACAUCUCAACAAAGACUUUGACAGCUCAGAAACUUAUAAAUAGACGUAGUUCUUUACUCAGAUCAGAGCCAACAUUUAUUUAUUUCUACUCACUUUCAUGAAGAAAUAUUUUCUUUAGUCAGAUAUUUUGUAAAUUUAAUUUCAAGAUGAAUAUGCCCUUCUUUUUUGGGGCUGUAAUAUUUUACUUCUGCCUUCACUUGGAAAUGGCUUUUGUCUUACCUUCCACUGAAGAUCCUACUGUGGAAAAAGAUAAUUCAUCAAUAAUCCAUGUCUCACAGAUGACAAUGUCCAACUGCAAAGAGGAGCAAACUGAACAUGCCAAAGAAAUGCUGCUUGAAGCAUUAAACAUCAGGUGUGCUCCCGACGUCGAUCAUGAAGACAUGAGCAUGGUGAGGGAUUACAUUAGGGAGGGCCUCAAUAACCUUCUCAAUAUGACCAGCGUGUUGCCUAUUAAAGGAAAAAAUGAAACAGGACAACUACAUGAGAAUAACACAGAAAAGUUUGAAAUGCAAGAAGGACUUCAUUGCUGUCAAAUCAUGGCUGAUGUCUCCAUUACAGAUCUUGGCUGGACUUCAUGGAUUAUUUACCCUGAAAAGUUUACAUAUGCAAAAUGUGUGACUUGUGAAGACCUUAAGGGAGGGACACCAAAGAAAUGCAAAGUUUAUGGAAAACAAUACUCUUCAAAGAUCAGUUGCUGCACUUCGGUGACUGUGUUGAUCCCGUUCAUUUACGUGAAUGACAACUAUUCCUUGGGUAUCACCACUGUGCCCAUACCAAAGCAGUGCCGGUGCGCCAAACAUGAAGAAGCUGACUGAAGGGAGUUAUUUAAAGCAUGUUUUUCUUAUUCAGUAUCUAUUGCAGAUUUUCACCAAAGCUAACUGAGUACAGUUAAAUCUAAAAUUGAAAAUAUUUUGGAUUUGUUUUGGGCUCAGAACCUUGUCAAAGAAGUUUUAAAACAGUCAAUACAUGUUGCUACUAUCUUUAAAUCAUCGGUAUAUUUGCAAAUAUAACACUAUAGCAUGCAUUUUACAUGCAUUGUUUAACCUACUUAACUGUAACUAUCUGUAAACCUAAAAAGAGAAGCAAUCCUUGAUGGCUUCCACACUCAUUCUUCCAUAUUCCUGGAUUUCUUUCUGCUUUCAAAAAUACUUGACAAUGUAAGAUUAUCCUUUUUUUCAAUAUUAGACCAUAUUGGAGAUACUGUAUUUUUAAAAUAUGAGAGCUGUGUCAGGUCUUUUCAUUUCAAGGCUGAUCUAUUAUACAAGUGGUAAGUAAAAAUUAUAAUGUGUUAGCUGCUACAGGCAAUGAUAUCUCUGCUUUUUCUUUACAAGAAGUUAACUAUCUAUUAGACAAAGAAAAUCAGCCUAGAAGUCCUUUCACCAUGAUAAGGAUAGACUAUGGUAUUAUUUCUUAGAAAAGUAGAAAAAAUACGUUGUCAAGUAUCUGUGAAUACAGAUACAGAAGAAGGCAAACUGAACGAUGGGUACACAGGCAGGUAUAAAAUAAGAAAGAGGCAUAAACACAAUGAUGGUGACCCAGUUUUUGAUGCCUCUAAUGCAUAAUAAAAUACACAAUUUUGUCUUUAUUCCAUAAUUCAAAUGUUAUAUAUUCUGUAACCAAGCAACUAUUCUAUACUGCCUCUGCAUAUAAAAAUACUUUCUAACAAUGUGUGCUUCCUAAAAGCAUUAUAAAGCUCAAUGGAAAUUUUCUGGAAUAUAUAUUAAUUUGAUCAAAAGUAAACAUUGCAUAUAAAUGACAUCUGUUUGUAACCAAUAAAGCACAUGCAUCACUCUACAAGCUACGCAGUUGACCAUUUUAUCUGUGUUAGUCAUUUCAAGAGCACCAGCCAGGCAUAUCAUAGCUACUAUACAGUAGAAAGCAACACUAAACUCACUUAGUGAAUCACAACAAAAUAAAAAAUAGUGUGGUUUCCAAUAAAAUAAUGUCUGUUUAUAUGUUGUCCAUAAUCCUGAAGGCAAGAAAUUUCAGUUGGCUUGGAACAUAUGAAACUAUCACAUGAAAGAGUGGUACAAAGAUAGCAAGAAAAUAUUAAUUUAAAGCAUUUAUGCAGUUUAUACGUCCAUCCAUCUGUCACGUUCUAAUUCUGCUAAACCUAAAACUGAAUCAUGGAGUGCAUGUGCUUAUGCAUGCUUAUGCUCAAGCUUAUGUGCAUUAAUUCAAAACUUAAAUGGCUACAGAUAAUAAGAGAUGUCUUGAAUUAGAAAAUAUACACUGAAUUUCAAAUUUAGAGUAUUUCAUUUUCAAAUCAGAAUUCAUAUGUUGGUUAAGUAUUUCUGAAGGAAAGGGACAAGAGGAAAAAUAGUUCAAAAGUUCAUGAGUUAAGUUUACCAGUCAAAAAUUGCGUUGCACUUGUAUUAUUUAUUAACAUUAUGCAUUUGGGAUACAUCAGCAUUUGUGAUUUAUGAUUAAAAUUUGGUAGGAAAAAAAAUCCUGGCUCACUACAGCUUUCCUUGUUAGCAGUCAUCAAACACUUACCACAUGUUUUUUGUGCCUGUUAUAUUCAUUUGAUCUAUUUAGUUUUUAAAAUGUUUCUGCAGCUUAAGUUUAUAUACAGUUUUGUUUAUCAUUUAAAUCUGUGUCUUUGAAAAAUGCUGUCAUUGUCUUAUAAAAUGUGUUUAGUUUUUCAUUUUUCCAAUGAAAUCUUGUCUAAUGAAAUAUAAAACUAUUACCCUUAUUUUAUGAUGAGCGAAUCCUUUCAGUUUGCAAAUGACUGAAUGACAGAAUAUCUCUGUGAAUAACCUAACAAAACAAAUUUAAAAUUUUGAAUGCAUCGUCUCAUUUAAACUUUUUUAGGUUUUAUAGACCAAUGUCUUCUUUAUGCAAUUGUUUUGUAACAUGUAUACUCUUCAAUAUAUUAAUAAACUGAAAAUAAACACUG